GGAUUGGGUCUGCGGCGGUCCGGUUGGCGCACAUCAGAGCUGCCUCCGUGGCUCGGGGAUCGGAGAAGGAGAGUUGUACUAGGAAGAGAGACGGGAAGGAGAAGACGAAAACGAAAAGGCAUGGAGGAGCGGUUGGGCGUUGGCCGUUGCGUAAGGGAGGUGCUUCUGGUGAAUUUCCGAAGAACAACGAGGACGAAGAUGGAAAUUGCAGAGGCAUGUACCUCUAGCUUUGAAAUGGUUUCAACUUUUGACUCUAAG